GAGAGAGGGAGACGAUGGUAGUUUGGGGCUUUGGACUGAGGAGGCAAAGGUUUCACCGUUAGCUAUGAUAUAUAGAGUGAAGCGACUUAUGUUUAAAUCGCGUUGGGAAGUGGCCUAGAUUAGAGGGACUUUGCAGUAUCAAAUCCUAACCCGAUACCUAAGCGUUUAAGACUUUUUAAUACUUUUAUAGGAUUUCGUGUUAGACCGCCUGAUGCCCAGUUAGUGAUUUGUAAGGUUUUAAGAAAAGCGCACGGGUUGUUUUGCUAACAGUUUUUUUUUAAGAGAAGGACGCUCUUUUGCUGGAAAGGACAGUGACCGCUAAUUGGCAGUGAUUUGUUGGUGAUACGAACAUACUGUGGGUUUUAGUGAAUUUUCUUCUUAACUUCGUUAGUGAAUAAUGUUAUUCGGAGGUCAGUAAACAGCCUUCACGACGACUCUUCUAGACAGCAUCGGUUGCUUCAGACUCAUGGAUAGGAUAGAGCAGCUGUCCGAUCCGGCUCUUUGCUUGCAAGAACUGGUCACCGGAGUUACCACUUCGUCGGCCAAUUCCGAUAUUCAUGGCGUUCAUCAUUUGCACGAUUCGGUUAGUUCGGCGGUAUCGGUAAAUUCGGCCAUUUCUGGCAUUAUGAGUGCGGGUUCCCUCGGACAUCAUGUUACAUCGCACGAUUCUAAUCAUCAUCAUGGAGUGGUACCGCAUACUCCUUCCUUACACCAUGAGCCACUGGAGAAACUGAAACGUGUAUGGGCAGAAACGGGCGAUUUUCGAGAUGCACAUUCAAGUGGAUCAAUGACUCCGUCCAGUUCUACCCCAUCUAUGGACCAUCCUCAAUUACCUUUUCCUGCUGCUGCCAGGAGUCGAACCAGAGAUAGAAAAGCUAGUCGAUCGUUGCAAGAUUCAAUCAAAACGGAAGCUGGUGUGGAACAGACGGAAACUGAAGAUGGCAAGAACGAUAAAAAGACGAAACGCCAACGGAGGCAGCGGACGCAUUUCACCAGUCAGCAAUUGCAAGAACUCGAGGCCACUUUUGCCCGGAACAGAUACCCUGACAUGAGCACAAGGGAAGAAAUCGCUAUGUGGACGAACUUAACUGAAGCAAGAGUGCGGGUUUGGUUCAAGAACCGUAGAGCCAAAUGGAGGAAGCGAGAACGCAACGCUAUGAACGCCAUGAAUGCCGCUGCUGACUUUAAGGCCGGCUUUGGAACUCAGUUCAACGGCUUAAUGCCAGCAAUCAGCGACGAUAGCUUCUACUCGUAUUCCACGUACAAUAAUUGGGCGGCUAAAGUCCCCAGUCCAUUGGGAACCAAACCAUUCUGGCCAGUUGUUCCAUCCAAUCACCAUCAAAGCCCCGUGAACUGUUUCAAUGCUGCAACUUCAGUAGCUUCAAUGGGCGGAGCUGCUGGUUCAAUGCUGCCUGGAGGCAUGGGGAGUGGCUUAACCAGUACUCCUGGUGCCGUUUCUGCUCAACAGUGUCCCUACACUACUCCUGCUAAUCCGUAUUCAAUGUACCAUCAUCGGUCAGCUGCUGAGCCUUGCACAGCGAUGUCUUCAAGCAUAGCUUCACUUCGGCUCAAAGCCAAACAGCAUACAGGGUUUGUAAGUUAUCCGAGUGUUAGUCCAGUUCGGUCAGCUUCAGCCGGGCUGCAAGCUUGCCAGUAUGCAAAUAGUGGAAUCGGUGUGGGAGAACGACCUGGCUGAGAUGAGGAUGAGGCCCUUGGAGGCCAUCAAAUGAAACACGAGGACCAGGAUGAUUAAUAAAUGCUGUUCAAUUUGGAAAUUCUGCGGGCGGAUUUAGAGUUGAUAGGGUUUUCAUGGCUGUUGUUCCUGUAGAGGAUCAUCUAUUUAUGUUACUUUAUUGUUGGUAAUUAUGCAGGAUGGAUGUGGGCAAUGCCUGCACUGCGUCUGAGUGUCAAAGUUGAACCUAAUACACUGGGAUUCGUUUAAGAGGGGCUUUUCCAGGAAAUCUAAAAAAGUUGCAAUGGUUUGUUUUGUGUUACUUUCAGUUGUCGCCCUAAUGAAAAUAGCUUCUGGCUUUUGCGUUUUAACUUCAUGUUUGUCAAACAAAUGUAAAUUCAGAGGGACUAUUUUCGAUAGGCCUUUUAACACCUCAAAAUUUGUUUUUGAAUUAUAUUUCAAACGAAUCCAUCACAAAAAUGCUUUACUUAAACCUCCAAGUAGCCAAUUAGCUUCAUCGGUAAAAAUACUUCUAUAAAACCGGAAAGACUUGAUCAGAACCUCCAGGUUUGCCAAAACAAAUCGGAACGGAAGUCGCACCCGAGUUUUGAACCACAAGCUCAGCCGGAUCAACCAAUUUAUUUUCUUCAAUCUUGCCGAUUUUCGAGGAAAUAUGCCAUGUUUUGUGUCUUUCUAAUCGUCAUUAAGAUAUUCUUGUUUUUGUAAUUUUUUAAGGAUUUUUCGAAGGGCAAUUAAAUCUGAACCCUCGAUUGGCCAAUAAAAAUGUUCUCUGAACAGUUCAGGCAUUUACAAACUGUGUCAUCUGAAAUCGUCGUUACUAAAUACUAAAUAAUUAUAUUUUGGCUCGUGUGAUUAAAAAAUAAUGAGCUGUUAUAGGUACUGUUUUUUGGCUGACCCAAAUAAUUUUCCCAGAUGUGUCUAAAUUUGUCUUCCUCAUACAGCUAUGGAAACCUUCUCCAGGCGUAAAAUCCUUUGGAUAUGCUGUUUGACUUGAAAGUUUCACACCUGUUAAUUUUUAAGCAUCCUCAAUGCUCAAUCCUCAUUACGUGUGUAUCUGAAAGCGGAAUUAAUUUAGAUGUUUUGGGACUAACUUCAAAGCAUAUCAUGAUAAUGUCCCAAAUUUACCAUUUUAUACGUUUGGAAAGAUGUUCUUGAGGAACACCAACAGUACUUUUAUUAUUUGCGUUGCAAACUUCUAAAAUGUACGUUUUCACCGCUAAUGGCUACAAUUCUGUUUCUAAAAAGAAUUGCACUUGAAUUUGAUAGCUUCAAUUUUCUAAAAAUUAUUUCAGUGCUUUUAAUCAAUUUCUUGAAAACUGAAUUAAACCACACAUAUUUUCAAAUAUAGCAAGCCUUAACAAACAUAAUGUAAAGAAAAUUCUAUCUAGCAAAUAUUGUUUUGCUAUACUUAAUUUCUUUAAUUUGCAGCUUUGAUAGAUUUAGAACAAAGGCAAAGAAGCUAAACGAACCACUCUGUACUUACUGUUUCGAAAAACCGGUAUCAUUGAGCUUUCAUGUAAUUAGCAAAGCUUCACGCUUUGAAAAAAAAAUCUUAAAUCCCAAUACAAGUAUAAACCCAUUUACUGAUAAAGUAGCUCAAUCAAAAUCCAUCUACUUGCAUAAUUAUCCAACAAUGAAUUUUCGAAAAACUAGCAAUACUUCCGGUCAAAAGCCAUAUCAUUUGUUGUACAAUUUGUAAAAUAGCUCUAAUUGUUAGAUGUGAGUUUUAAUGUAAUACGGUGAAUCAUAUUUUGUAAGUAUUAUGUAAAUAUUGAUGCAAUUUUAACAUUUCCAAAAAUCUAACGCUGUGAAAGAUCCAAUUUCGCGUUUGAUUGAACCUUUUAAUGAUUCGAUUGUCGGAAAAUUCUGUUCAAUAUAUCGUCAACGUUUAUUUAUUUGAAUAUUUAUACCUUUAUAUAACAACAUUUUGAAGAAAAUCAUCAGUGUUCACAAUUUAAUAAGGUAUGACGCACCAGUAAGUACUGCCACUGAUCGUGCCGACUUUUCAACAAGAACUCGUAUUUAAUUACAUAUAAAAUUGGCGUCAUUAGGUUAUACAAAAGUUAAGUUAUACAAAAGUCAUUGGGGGCAAGCACCCUAAAAUAUGUUCAAGAUGGCCACGUUUCCGAUUAUAGCCGAAGUAGGAAUCAACUUGCCAAUUUUAAAUGAAACCUGCCAUUUUAUACAUAAAAUUUCAAAUAUAUCA